CUCGCGGGGAUUGGCUGUUGGCGGCGUUGCGGGUAAGCUCGUGUGCGGCGGCGACGGCGGAGUCGGCAUCGGCUGCAGCGGGAGACUUUGGCGCGAUGUCUCACACCAUCUUGCUGGUACAGCCUACCAAGAGGCCAGAAGGCAGAACUUACGCUGACUAUGAAUCUGUGAAUGAGUGUAUGGAAGGUGUUUGUAAAAUGUAUGAAGAACAUCUGAAGAGAAUGAAUCCCAACAGCCCCUCUAUCACAUAUGAUAUCAGUCAGUUGUUUGAUUUUAUUGAUGACCUGGCAGACCUCAGCUGCCUUGUUUACCGAGCUGAUACCCAGACAUACCAGCCUUAUAACAAAGAUUGGAUUAAAGAGAAGAUCUACGUGCUCCUUCGCCGACAGGCCCAACAGGCUGGGAAAUAGUUGAGUUUGGAAGCAUUAGGGGAACGGGGGUGGGCUUGGAACACAGGUGUGUGCAGUGUGCUGUAGUGGAAGUUUUGUAUUAUAGUUAUCCUGUUUCCAUUUUGGUAUACCCUAGCCAGAAUUGAAUGUAUUAGAUAAAAUGUGAUGAUCUUGUUCAAUCUGAAAACCCCUUUGCCCCUCCCCUUUUUUUUUUACUUAAACAUUUUUAUGAUGAUUUAGAUGAAAGUUGGUUUUUGUCAGUUAAUGUUGGUUCCAGUCCCUCAAACUGUUCAUACCUGCUUUAUAACACCCACUGUACUAAUCCUCCUUCAAAUUGGGGUGGGGAGUGGAGGCACAGUUUAGUUACGUCCUCAAGAUAAAGUCUUGGUGAAAAACAAAUAAAUGUUCUUUAGUUA